AUGCCAUAUCUCGAACUUACGGCAUGGCUAAAGGCGGCGCAGGUUAUUUGCUCGAAUGUAUACGAUGAACGUAGUCUUGGUAACAUAAGAAAAUCGGGGACACAAAGAAAUACAGUCGUUGUCGUCAUAUGCUGGGUACAGGGAGAAUCCGAAGAUUUUACUGAAGACGGUCACUUCAUCGCUGGAGAUAUUGGAGCAGUUGAUGAAGAUGGUUGGUGUAGUGUCUAUGUAGCUGAAAUCUGGCUAGAUCGAAGCUUGUAA